AUGGGUGCACGAGAAGGCAUUCAAGCUUUACGAGACACAGGCUUCCGGUUGAUUAUCGUCACCGCGAGAUCCCGAGAUGUGCAAGAAGAUGGUUGGAAAUGGGUUGAUAAAUGGUUCCAUGGUCUGUUCGGCUAUGUUGCCUGUACCGGCCAAUUUACCGACGCAGAUACGAAUAGUCGAGAAGUUGCCACCGAACUCAGCAAAGAAGAGGUCUGUGAUGGCCUGAACGCCGCCUUGUUGAUAGGCGAUUCUUCUGAGAACGCAUUGGAAGUUUCCACCGCCUCUCCGCCGACACGGCGAACUCCUGCGCUAUUAUUUGGAGGCUAUGAGUGGAACUCGAGGUUAACACCUGCCGCAGAUGCAAUCGACACUAUGGCCUUCGACACACGGGUUCAGAUUGAGGGUAGUAAGGAGUGUUGGAAGGAGGAGAAAUUAGAAGAUCAUAUACCAGAAGGCACGCCGUUGCAUAGGGUGAAAGACUGA